GUCUGCUUUUGUCUUCAACGUCAAACUCUCUGCCACUCCAGCCACCCGCUCUAUUCUCGUUUGCAUGUUGAUUGAGUGGCAACGGCCUUCAUAAAGAACCAUUUUGCUCUGCUUUCCGCUUUCUCCAUAUUCUCAUCUGCUGUAAUCGCUCUUGAACGCCAUGGCAGCAGAUCUGUCUUCGCUCCUGUCGUCCUCGAAGGCCUUGACGUCCCACCUCUCGCGCCCGGACUUGCCUUCUGUGAAUCUCUCGCUGGACCAGAUCGAGGCCCAGUCUCGUCGCCUUGUCGCUCGACAGCCGGGAACGUCUACUGACCAGGAUCGCGCAAAUUACCUCCUCGCUCAGGCGCACGUCGAUGCCCCUGCACUCGGAAGCUCCAUCGCGCAUCUGAACACCGCCACCACGUUUACUCCGCUACAGGCCUUGCAAGACACGGAUGUCGCGGGCUACCUCCGCCAUGCACACGAACAAAACUUGGUUACGACCAUCGAAGAGGGACGCAUGGACACGGAGAAAGAGUUCUACAGAUCCCUGGAGAACCAACAACAGAGCGACUGGGAGGCGAGGAAAAAGCGCAUAUUUGAGCGGUUAGGUAGUCGUGUUGGGGGAGAGAACAGGGCGGUAUCUGAGCUGAAGAAGAGCACGCGUGGCAAGAACAUCUUGGCUAUGUCGACCGCGGCUUCUGUCCCGAGUCCGCAGGCGCAGAGCAAGAUGAUGGCCUACGACCGCGUCAUUAUCGAGCUUAACAAUGCCAGACGGCGCGGGACAUCAUUCCCCAUAGUCCAUGCCUUGAUCAAUGCAUCCCUGUCUCUCAAUCCGAACCCGCGCGCUCUACAACACACGCAAAAUUUCCACAUCCUUGCUAAGAUUACUGCAGAGCCUCCUUCCCUACCCCCGUUAGAACACGCCGCAGCACACGUGUUGAACGCGUCUAUAUUUGAACGUAAGUAUGCCCGCGCAUACCUCGGCGACCCAGAGGCACGCAAGGCGGUUGAGCUGCGCAAGCAGAUUGCGCGUGGCGCAAGAGAAGCUCUCGAAGAGCAGUAUUGGGACAUCCUCGAGCGAACUAUUCAGGCUCGGCCACUCGAGGCCAUGCUGGGCGGCGAUCCCAGUAUGGCCAACAAGGUCCGCGCAUUCGUGCUGGUGAGACACUAUCGGAACGGAGAAUGGGCAGAUCGAAUUGAGUUGAUCGCAGGCCAGCCAGUAUGGGCGAAACUAUUCUACCUUGUGCGUACAGGGCAUACGCAGGAAGCAUUAGAAGAGGCUAUCAAGUCCCAACAUGCGAUUGAGUUGCGUGAAGCUGGAUUCUUGAGUCACUUUAACACAUGGAUUGAAUCACCUGAAAGACGGUUGCCCAAGCCGCAUCGAGAUCAAGUCCAUGCAGCGUUCAAUGCACACAUGCUGCAUUCGGCGACGACAGACCCGUUCAAGCUUGCGCUUUACAAGCUGAUGGGUAAGAUUGAUCCUGCAAGGCGAAGUGUCCAGCACGUCACAGUCACCACGGAGGACUGGCUCUGGUUCCAGCUCGCUAUGGUAGACGAGGCGGAGCACGGUGGUCUUCGUGCCCUCGCAGAGGUACUCCUCAGUUAUGGCGAACAGCAGUUUAAUGGCGCUCCCGGAUCAAAGGAUGCCCGAACGGGUGUUUGGGCCGGAGUGCUGCUUAUGUGCGGGCAGUUUGAGCGUGCUGUGGCAGCGCUGUGGGAGCAUGAAGAGACAGAGGUCGAGGCUGUCCAUUUGGCCAUUGCUUUGGCAUACUACGGCCUGUUGCGCGUCCCUUCCCGGGCAGAGACAUCAGAUGUGAUGCCGCUUACCCUAUCAUCAAAUGCACCUCCUGCUUUGAGCUUGUCGACAAUCAUCUGGCGUUACGUGUACCGAUUUGUGCGAACGGAUGCUCGCGAGGCGUUGCAAUAUGUCUACUGUGUCAGCUUAUGCUCAGAUCAAAGCGAAGGAACUGGUCAGGAGCAGCUUGAGACUGCAUGGGAACUUGUCCGCCGCAUCAUCGUGCUCGCAAACGCCGGCGCUCCAUGGGAGGAACUCGUCGGUGGCUUCCGACCCGAUGGUACUCCUUUUGAAGGCAUCAUCAAGAACGGCGCGCCUCUACUCGAGCUUCAGGAUCCACGCCAGUACAAUGAGCAGAUCCUCAUACGCGCGGCCAAAACUUCAGAGCAGAACGACCGCAUCCCGGAGGCUAUCAAGCUGUACAACCUCGCGGGCGACUACAACACGGUCAUCGGAUGCCUUGCGCAAGCUCUCGGGAACACGAUCUCACAGCCCAGCGGAGACGAGAAGGCGCGUGCGAUUGAGCGGACCGCUGCAGAUGUUCUGCGGCACUACGAGCGGACCAAUAGAGCUCCUGGGAAAGACAGGGAUGCGGUCAUCAGGCUCUUGCGUGUUCGGGAAGCCAUGGAUGCCAAGGAUGCGGGCAAGGUUGAGACUGCGCUGGAGAUUGUGGAAUCGACGGAUCUCAUUCCCUUGAGCGGGGACGUUGCCAAAAUUCAACACCGCGCUGAAGAGUUCCACGAUCUUCCGGAUGCUCUGCAGCGGAACUUGCAGACUUUCCUUAUGCUGACGAUGGACAUCCUGGUCAGCGUUCACAAGAAGAUCAAGGGCUCGAUGGUGGCUGAUGUUGCGAGACAAACGACGCUGGCUGCUCUGCGUAGAAAGUCGCGCUCGCUGAUGAUCUUUGCGGGCAUCUUGAAAUAUCGCAUGUCGCCGGAUGUAUAUCAGUACCUGGCGAAGCUUGAUGUCGAGAUUGCUUUGUAGGCUGAACAUGUACAGAUACGGCAGGUAAUGGGAACAUAUCGUUGACUAUAUUAGUUUGGAAUGCUUUUCAUGACAUAUAAGCAUCACUGUAUCACACGUUCUUUGGCAUUCCGUAAACUCUACGAUCAAACCAAGAUGAUACUACCGAUCAAAACAUCUUCCAGUCUUCGUGUUGCAGGAAGUCAUGACGAG